CUCCACCUUCUACCCUCCACCCAUUUCCACCCGCCGAGUUUCAUUUGCGUUUCUGUUGCUGUCGGUCGCCAGUGAUGCCUUGAGUCUUCUUUCUGCUACACUCAUCGUAUCAAUUUCUCCCCUUUCUCUUCGUUCAUUUUAUGCCCCAUUCCUCAAUUCCGUCCCUUCGUGCUCCCUUUCAUAUGAACUGAAUGUUGGUUGCCUCCCGGCCCUUGCAGUCCUAACCCAGUCGCUCUGCCACCAUGCCCAAGAAUCGACCCGCAACUUCGGGGUAUGCCCGCUUGGCGCAGGAAGAAGAAGACCGAGCCCACGAUCCAUACGAAUACUCAGACGAUGAUGACCUACAACACGACUCCCACACCAUCUCCCAAUCCGCACCACGAUAUGCACCGAUCUCCGCACGAACCGGCCUGGCCUCGCCCCCCGAACCGCGACGGAGGCUGAGUGGACAGUAUCACCGACGGGGACGGAGGAACUCCGGGGUGGACAUCAAAGCCAUCAAUGCGCGCCUUGAGCGCUGGGCCGAAGAAUUCGCUUCGAAAUUCAAAAUCAAUCGAGUCAAAGGAAAGACACUCGAGGAGGAGAAGCUAGAGAUCUAUCACUCAGUCUUCCAGGCGCCUGAUGGGGUCCGACCUGUCACCGCGGAGGUUCUCGAGUCAGACGAGGUCGAAGGUGCUGCGCGGAGAGCUCGCGAAGAGUUCGAAGAGGUGGUGGAGAGUGUCCGGAUCGCCAUCGAGAUGGGGGUCCACCCCCGAAUGAUCUCCCAGGGCAGUUCGGGUAGUUAUUUCGCGCGGAACAGCGAAGGUAAGGUGGUGGGAGUCUUCAAGCCCAAGGAUGAAGAACCGUAUGCAUCUCGCAACCCGAAAUGGACCAAAUGGAUUCACCGCAACCUGUUCCCAUGCUUCUUCGGCCGAGCUUGUCUCAUUCCCAACCUGUCCUAUGUCUCCGAAGCGGCAGCAUAUGUUCUCGACUCUCGACUGCAAACCAAUCUCGUUCCUUAUACCGAUAUUGUCUGGCUGUCCUCGAAGUCCUUCUUCUACGACUUUUGGGAUCGCAGAAAAGCUUGGAUGGGUAAGAAGUCCCUCCCGCCCAAGGCCGGUAGUUUCCAGGUUUUCCUCAAAGGCUACAAGGAUGCAAAUCUCUUUCUGCGCGACCAUCCUUGGCCCGAUCAAGCCAAUACUGGAUUUAGAGCAGAAGAUGCUCCCAAGCGAAAGAAGCGUCCAUGGAAUGAAGCAUGUCGCCCUUCUGGAAUACACUCGGACGAUGAAGACGAAGAAGCGUACCACGACGGUCAGACGCAAACCCCAUCACCGCGUGAGGAAAGCAGAGAGCGGCGGUUUUACUGGACGGAAAGCCUGAAGCAGUCGUUCAGGGAAGAGCUGGAGAAGCUCGUGAUUCUGGACUACAUCAUGCGCAACACGGACCGAGGUCUAGACAAUUGGAUGAUUAAGAUCGAUUGGAAGACUGAGGAAGUCUCCAUUGUCGCUGAUCCGCCGAAACCCAACGGCGCGCAGCAGCAGCGGCAAGAAAAUGACGACGAUGACCUGCCCCCUGCGCGCCCGGUAGCAGUCAAUUCUGACGGAGCGACAACUGCGCCUCACCCCUACCGGAGACACGAGUCCAUGCUUGCCGUGAGUCGCACAGGGACUCCCUUGAACGCAACCGAACCUUAUGCAACCAUCCAAAUUGGUGCCAUCGAUAACAGUCUUUCGUGGCCAUGGAAACAUCCCGAUGCGUGGCGGAGUUUUCCAUUCGGCUGGUUGUUUCUGCCCGUAUCUUUAAUCGGUCAACCCUUUUCGCAGAAGACUCGUGACCAUUUCCUACCGCUUCUAACCUCCACUGCCUGGUGGAGCGGCACACAGAUGGCUUUGCGCCGUGUGUUCUCGCAGGAUGAUGAUUUCAAGGAGAGCAUGUUUGCGAGACAGAUUGCAGUCAUGAAAGGCCAGGCAUGGAAUGUGGUGGAGACACUGAAGCAUUCCGACCAUGGCCCACUUGAAUUGACGAGAAGAACGCGCGUCUGUGUCUGGGAUGAUCUUGUGGAUGUGCCGGUUGCUAUCCCCCUCCGCGGCCCCUCCACGGAGGCUCAGAGACGCAAAGUGAAGAGCUACGAAAAUUACGACAAACAUAGCACGUAUGAUCCCGAUAACGAGGAAAUGGAUAUUGGUGCCUCGAUGUCCUUGGGUACAGGUCCCGAGGUCGAUUUACUCGGACUCGGUUCCCCUCCGAACGAAUUGCCAAACCCCAACCGGUUUGAACUGUCCAGAGGCCGCGGCUCCGCGUCCGGCCGUGGCCGGGCACUUUCGGGUAGCCCAGUCACUAUGGACGACAGGUAUGGCCGCGACAGUAUUGACGAGCUUUCUCAUGGUAGGGACUUGGAACGCAGUUGGGCCACGCUCCCUCCUCGGCCAAGCCACCGACACCAGAAACACAGCUCCGUCUCCAGUAAUCGCGGCCAAGCGCACCUGCUCUGGAGCAGCGACGAUCUCGAAGGAGAUCUCGGAUAUGCAGCCGCGGAGGGGAUGGAAGGCAACCAACGUAAAGUGAUUGUCGAGCGGCUCGAGGCCGUCAAAAGUAAGAAUCCCCCCGAGGUCGAGCCCGCAUCAUCAUCAUCCUCCUCUCACCAGGACCCCUCCUCCUCCUCCUCCUCCUCCUCCUCCUCCUCCCCCGACGUCGCUGAUUCCCCGCAUGACGAAGGAUCUCUGUCUUCGCUCACCUUUUCGACGUUGCAUGGCCCCUCCUCCCCAUCCCCUAACAGUAACACCCUUGGACCAGACACGGAAGACUCAUCGUUUCCAGGAUCCUCGACGAACCAACCGGACUCUUCCUCCACACCCGCCUCGCAGCGCAGUCCUGCCUCGUCCGUGGCGCCGGCGGGUACCGCCUCGGCCGCACAUCUGCUCCUCAACAGCCCGCGCCGGCGCCAGCAGAGAGGUGGCGCCUCGAGAACGAACUCCCUCCCGAACUCGAAUAUGACAUCACGAUCCGGGACGCGAACCCCUUCGCUGGCGGGGGAUGCGGUGAGCGCUCCGUCGCAGGGAAAUCAGGCUGCGCCUACGAUCGAUGUGGAGUUUGCGAGUGCGAGCUCGGACUUUGAAGGCGACGAUCGCACGAGCAUCAAACGCAGCUCUGAGCACCUCGACGAUGACGGCCCCGAUGCGCGUCACGGGAGUCUCAUCGAGAAUAUGUAUGGGGUGGAGAGACGUGCGAGCCAGCCGAUCAAGAGGGUGAAGGUAGAGAGGGAUCAAGAAAUGAAGGCGGGACAAAAUACAAACUUCUCCGGGACUGGAAACUCAGAUCUCGGUGGAUGGAUGAAGGAAGGGCGGGAUCAGGCGGACUCGUCCUCGUCCACCACGAAUGUCGUGGACUUGACUACAGAUGUCUCAGCUGCAGCCACCGACGACGAUGAGAUACAGGUCACUGGGUCUAAUGAUCUCAGCCUACAGAGGGUAUGCUACGGAAAGAUUGAGGGGGCGACGGUGCAAGCGCAGUUGGUCCCGAAGCCUUCGACCCAUUCUCUUUUCGGAGACUCAACGCACGACUGGCCGUCAAUGAAACUCGGGGUGCAUCGACAAACGCGCGAGAACAACCGUAUUGAAGUUUCUGAUCCAAAUGGGAAGAUCUUCGGCGUGAUCAAUGCCAGAACAGCAGCCGUUAUCGCCCCGUUACUGGAUUCGCCUGCUGUGAAGGUGGACCUGACUGCGCGGCUGGAUUUUCGACGGAGGAAGGAGGGUGAAUGGCCAUGGGUACCCUGUUCCGAGACUUACCGGGCGUCUAUCAAUCUCUACGGCCUCAGGAAAGAUGCUACGCUGGUCGGCAAGCACCUCGGUCAGCAUAAUGUGUGGCUUACGUCCCCAGUUGCGGUGGAACAGGGUGUGCCGACACUCAAUCCACACGCUGAGAUGCGGAGGGCUCAGGCUGCGUUUUUGCCGUCCGUGGCCGCCAGGGGUCGCGUAGGGGUCAACUAUGAGGUGCGAACCGCUGAAGAAGUCAACGACGCAGUGAUGAAAAUGUUCGACCAGCUCCAGAGCAACGACAACUUGCCUGAAAUGGAGCCUCCAUCUGGGCUGCGCACACCUUUGCUUCGCCAUCAGAAGCAGGCACUCUGGUUCAUGACUGAAAAGGAAAAGCCGCGCAGAUUCGGUCCCAACGAAGCAGACAACAAUUCGCUGUGGCGAAGGGAUUACCGGUCUGGCGGCAGGAGGAAAUACCGCGAGAUCAUCAGUGGCACGGUGCUCGACGAGGAGCCCCCGCAAAGCUUGGGUGGACUGUUGGCAGAUAUGAUGGGUCUUGGCAAGACGUUGAGUAUUCUCUCGCUGGUUGUGACUUCGUUGGAAGGGUCUAGCGAAUGGGUGAAGCAAGUUCCAGACCCCGCGUUGGUCAAAAGCCUCCCUGGCAUCCGCAACACUAAGACUACGCUGCUGGUGGCGCCCCUCAGCGCGGUCAACAACUGGGUGGCGCAGAUCAAAGAGCAUCUUGAAGAGGACGCAGUCUCAUACUACGUCUUCCAUGGCUCGUCUCGGACCAACGAUGUCGAAGAGCUGUCCAAGUAUGAUCUCGUCAUCACGACGUACAGCAUCGUUCUCAGUGAAUUAUCGGGGAGAGGAGCGAAACGGGGGGUGAGUCCGUUGACCAAGAUGAACAUGUUCCGUAUUGUUCUGGACGAAGCCCAUACCAUUCGCGAACAGAGCGCAGCCCAGACUCAGGCCAUCCUCAGGCUGAAUUCGCAGCGUCGCUGGUCCGUGACCGGCACACCCAUCCAAAACCGCCUGGAGGAUCUGCUCUCCGUGACGAAGUUCCUCGGGCUUUACCCAUACGACGACCGGGGUCGCUUUGGCAUGCACAUCCUGAGUCGCUUCAAGACCGGCGAUGCGACCGUGCUAGCCAGUUUGCGCGUGCUUGUGGAUUCGUUCACUCUGCGUCGAGUCAAGGACAAGAUCGAUCUACCCCCGCGACAGGAUAUGAUCGUCAUGCUGAACUUUACCGAAAAGGAACGCCAGCUCCACGAGUUCUUCCGGCGGGAGUCGAACGUGAUGAUGCGGGUGAUUGCCGGCGAAGAGAAAUCGAAGAUGAAAGGGCGAAUGUACCACCACAUCCUGAAGGCCAUGAUGAUCCUGCGCCAAGUCAGCGCCCACGGCAAGGAGCUUUUGGACCCGGACGACCGCAAGCGGAUCAAGGGACUGAGCGUGCAGGAUGCGAUUGACCUGGAAGAAGGAGCGGGCGGCGACAGCAGCGGCGCAACCGACAAGAAGUCCUACGAGAUGUUCACGCUCAUGCAGGAGUCCUCGGCCGACACCUGUGCCACGUGCGGCAAGCGGCUCGAGGAACCCGGCGUUGACAACGGGGCGGUCGACCGCCAAGCGGCCGUGGCCAUUGUGCUUCCCUGCUUCGACGUGCUCUGCCCGGACUGCUUCUCCGGGUGGACCCAUGCGUUCGAACAAGCGCAGAUGAGCCACUCCCCGAACCUCCGGUGCCAGGUCUGCGACGGCUGGAUCCCGGCCUCGUACUCCAUCAUCACCGUGGGCGGGCUCCAGGACUACCUGGUGGACCAGGCGCGGGCGAAACAGAGCCGCAAGCACGUGAAGCAGCUGGGCGAGUAUGAAGGACCGCACACCAAGACCAACGCGCUGGUCGCGCAGCUGCUCGCCACGGCGGACGAGAGCCAGAGUCAGGGGGAGCAGCGGCCGUACAAGAGCGUGGUGUUCUCGGCGUGGACGUCGCACCUGGACCUGAUCGAGAUCGCGCUGCGCGACAACGGGCUGACGGGGUUCACGCGCCUGGACGGGACGAUGACGCUGGCGGCGCGCAACAAGGCGCUCGAGGAGUUCCAGCACAACGACGCGAUCACCGUGCUGCUGGCGACGAUCGGGGCCGGCGGCGUGGGGCUGAAUCUGACGUCUGCGUCCAAGGUCUACAUCAUGGAGCCGCAGUACAACCCGGCGGCGGUGGCGCAGGCCGUUGACCGCGUGCACCGCAUCGGCCAGACGCGGCCGGUGACGACGGUGCAGUUCAUCAUGGCGGACAGCAUCGAGGAGAAGAUCUUUGAGCUGGCUAAGAAGAAGCAGCAGUUGGCGGAUCUGAGCAUGAACCGGGGCAAGUUGGACAAGCGGGAGGUGCAGGAGCAGCGGAUGCGCGAAUACCGGAGUUUAUUCAAGUGAUUUUCUUUUUGUUGGUUUCUUUUUGUUUCCUGCUGUUUUCUCGUUCUAUACCCGGUGGGUUGGAUUGGAUGGUUCAAGGAAGGGGUUUCAUUUACUGGCGUUUUUUUUUUUUUUUUUU